CAAAGAAAAUGAAAAUCCACUAAACUCGAGCUCGUGUUUUAAUAGAAUUUGCAUUUCAGUACAAGGUAGUAAGAGUGAAAUUAAUGUUUAAGUGAAUUUUGAGAAUGAAAAAAUUUUAUGAUUUAUGAGUUGUGCUUCUUAAGGUUAAACGUGUUUUAAGAUGAUGCUUGCAAGUGCAGUGCAAAUAUUUAUCGUUUGCUUUUACGGAAUUGCAUUUUGCUACGGACAAACGUGCGACUUGAGUAAAUUUACAGAAGACCAAAUAGUGCCUCAUAUAAUUCCUAAAACUCCAGAUGAAGCGUUAAAGGUAUCCUAUGCAGGGGUUGAAGUAGAAUGCGGAACAGAGCUCCCAAGGGACAGAGCAGAUCCGCAGCCUCAAAUAGAAUAUACAGCGAUUAACCACGAGUUUUAUACAUUGGUUAUGAUCGAUCCCGACGCUCCGGAUCCAGAUACGCCCAAUUUUCGCCAUUUCCUGCACUGGUUCGUGGUAAAUAUCCCAGGCAGUGCAGUUUCUCAAGGAAAGGUGCUGACUCAGUACAUGAUGCCCAGUCCCCCCGCUUACUCACGAGCCCAUCGCUACAUCUUCUUGGUCUACAAACAGCCGAUCUACAUCUUCAGUCCCAGUUACAUGGAUGGAAAGAGGAGGUCCAAGUUUGAUUUGGAGAAGAUGGUUCAAGAACUGGAGCUGGUGGGUCCUUUGUCCGGAAAUUACUUUUUCACGAAACACGAAAGGAGCAAGAAGUGAGAUGCCCCCGUCCUCUUUACUUGGCAGUUUUUGAAAUUAAGUUACAAUUAGUUAAGUAUCCAGCUAUCUUCUGGGUAAUACAAAAUUUGUCACAGCAGAGUUUUUGUCAAUAAAAUUGCUUUCCUGAA